UUUUUCUUUUUUUAUUAAUUUUUCAUGAAAAAUUUACAGUUUGCUAUGUGCUUCGAGUAUUCGCAGUCCUCUGGCGGCAGCAUUGGUAAGUUUUGUUAUGAAGUUUGGACUACACGGUGCUAUAAGCUUAAGUUAGGUUGUUGGUAAACCAGUGAUUAUUUAAGAGUUUGUGUCAGCUUUUGUUUAAUUAUGGAUGUGGUCUCAAAUCAGAAAGAUAAUAACGAUGAGGGUGGAAUUCAAACAAUCCUUGAGAUGCUCAAAAAGCAAAUAGAUCGAUACGAUACUACGAAAGAAAAUCCGAAAUCGAAAGCUGAAUUAACAAGAGUUCAAAGAAUCCAAAAGUUAAUGAUGGAGGAGAAACAUUUAACAACACAAUUUGAACAAAUUAAGAAGGAAUUGAAACGUUAUGAGAGGAAAUAUGAAAAGGGGUUGAAGAAGAAAGUGAAGUUCAUGAAGAUGCAGAUUGCAGAGAAUAAGCAAAAGUUAGAAGUAACAAAGCAAAAAUAUUUCGAGUUAAACAUGCAAUUAGCCCCUUUUAAAUUGAAGAGAGCCAAAAAAACGAAAACAAUCUUAAAAGUAAAGACGAUGCCGCCUAAAUUUAAGCAAAAGAAUAUACCACAUAGCAAAAAGAUUAGAAUUAAAAUUAAAAACAACGUAAAAUUAGAUAAGCGCGAGAUGCAUUUCGUUAAGGAUGUUAAUGAGCAAAAUGCAUUUAAAAAUUUAAAAGUAACCCCUUUAGUGGAACCCAUGGCUGUAAAUAUUCGAGAAUGUAAAAUUAUUGUGCAAAGAUUAACGGAAGAACAAAUGAAUAAGUAUGUUGACCAGAAGAGGUUAGAUCAAUCGCAAAUAAGAAACAGACGAAUAACACGUGAGUCUUCGCAAAAAAUCAAUGGAAAUGAAAUAAAUACGAUUCUCCCAAAUUGGCAAAUAAAAAUUCCAAAAUCAGUAUUCGAAGAAAGUCAGAAGGAAAAUAAAAACUAUGAUCUGAAUAUGGCUUCUACUUCAAAAGAUGUCAUUUAAUUAGACUGACACAGUAACUGACUUAUUAAUAAUGCUUAUAUUAUAUCUUAAUGUUAUAUUUUAAUGACAUUGUUUGCUUAAACUUUUGUUAUUAUAACAAACAAAUGAAAAACUAAUUUUAAGGUAUGUUAUGAAAAAUGCAUAUAUAUGUAAAAUUUUAAGAUGCAACAUUUAUUUUACAGUAGUAGAGUUACAUGAGGUAUAUUUGCUAAGGUAUUAAGGUAUAACUAAUGGUUAAAAGAACAAAAGUAAUCAAAUAUUAACAUUAUUCUUUCUUAUUUCAUAUACAUUGUUUUUAAGGCAAAUAUAAUCAUAAUUGGUAAAUGAUUAUGA